CGCGCGGUGGGCACGCUUCCCCCCGGGAGAGCGGCUGCGUCUCUCACGUGUGUGUGUGUGUGGAGAGAUCCCGGGGUCGGGCUGCUGGACGGUCCAGACGGGCUCAGGCUUCUGCCGCGACCCCCACGCCUUCCGAGUGAGUCUCGCGGGAGGCGGUAUCCCGCGGCGGCCUCUGUGAGGGAGGUGAAGGAGGGUGAGGCCUCGGGGCCACCGCCACCGCCUCGCCUCCGAGGUAGAGUUCUCUGCUACCAAUGAUGUUUAGAGAAACUUCAGUGAAAUGACUCUUCAGGAAUUGGUACAUCAGGCUGCCUCCAUUUAUUCAGAUAAAAUAGCUGUCUGUUUUGAUGAGUGUAACAACCAGCCUCCAGUUUAUUACACCUAUAAGACUGUGGUGAAUGCUGCUUCAGAAUUAUCAAAUUUUCUACUCCUACACUGUGACUUUCAAGAAAUUCAGGAAGUUGGUCUCUACUGCCAUCCCGGAAUAAACUUACCCUCUUGGAUUUUAGGAAUUCUCCAAGUCCCUGCUGCUUAUGCUCCUAUUGAUCCAGAUUCACCACCAGCAUUAUCAACUCAUUUCAUGAAAAAAUGUAAUCUAAGUUAUAUUCUUGUUGAAAAACAGCAAAUUAAUAAAUUCAAAUCUUCCUAUGAAACAUUAUUGAAUUAUGAUACACCUAAGGAAUAUAAUGACCUAGUACUCUUCAGACUUCACUGGAAAAAUGCUGAAGUGAGUUUGAUGCUAAAUGACAGAAAACAGAAUUAUGAAAAAGAGAAAAUGACAAACAGCACAAAUUCUGAGAACAGCAAUGCAGAAAAGACAGAAGAGCGUAUGGAUGUGAGGCAAAAGCAUUGCUUGGCAUAUGUUCUCCAUACAUCAGGCACUACAGGGAUACCUAAGAUUGUCAGAGUCCCUCAUGCAUGUAUAGUGCCAAACAUCCAACAUUUUCGGAUACUUUUUGAGAUCACACAGGAAGAUGUUUUGUUUCUGGCUUCACCUCUGACCUUUGAUCCUUCCGUUGUGGAAAUAUUUGUUGCUCUAUCAAGUGGUGCCUGUCUGCUAAUUGUACCAACAUCUGUCAAAAUGCUUCCAUCAAAAUUAGCUGCUGUUCUCUUUUCCCAUCACAGAGUAACUAUUUUGCAGGCAACACCAACAUUGCUUAGAAGAUUUGGAUCUCAGCUUAUCAAGUCAACCGUUUUAUCAGCCAGUACUUCUCUUCGAGUAUUAGCCCUUGGUGGUGAAGCAUUUCCAUCAUUGACUGUUCUCAAAAGCUGGAGAGGAGUAGACAAUAAAACACAAAUAUUUAAUGUAUAUGGUAUCACAGAGGUAUCAAGUUGGGCAACUUUUCACAGGAUUCCAGAGAAGUUUCUUAAUUCUACUUUGAAAUGUGAAUUGCCUGUACCCCUGGGAUUUCCACUGCUUGGAACAGUAGUUGAAGUCAGAGAUACUGAUGGAUUCACAAUUCAAGAAGGCCAUGGCCAAGUAUUUUUAGGUGGCAGAAAUAGAGUAUGUUUUCUUGAUGAUGAAAUGACAGUACCACUUGGCACAAUGCGAGCAACAGGAGACUUGGUGAUGGUGAAAGAUGGAGAGAUGUUUUUCUUGGGACGAAAGGACAGUCAAAUAAAACGACAUGGCAAACGUCUUAACAUUGAACUUGUGCAACAGGUUGCUGAAGGACUUCAGCAAGUGGAGUCUUGUGCAGUUACAUGGUAUAAUCAGGAAAAAUUAAUUCUGUUCAUGGUGUCCAAAAAUGACUUAGUAAAGGAAUACAUCUUUAAAGAACUGCAGAAACAUCUUCCAAGUCAUGCAAUCCCAGAUGAACUGGUGUUGAUUGAUUCUCUACCAUUUACAUCUCAUGGCAAAAUUGAUGUUUCAGAGUUAAACAAGAUGUAUUUAAACUUGAAGCCUGAGUGCAAACUCAAUGGAAAAGAGGAACUUUGGGAAAAAUUACAGUAUUUGUGGAAGUCUAUUCUAAAUCUCUCCGAAGAUCCUUUGAAUGUUUCUGACGAGUCACUCUUCUUAAAUAGUGGUGGAGAUUCCUUAAAGUCCAUACGGCUCCUCAACGAGAUUGAAAAACUAGUUGGCACAUCAGUACCUGGGCUUCUGGAAAUUAUUCUUAGCAGUUCCAUUUUAGAGAUUUAUAAUCAUGUCCUUCAAACAGUGUUUCCAGAUGAAGAUCUGGUAUUUAGCAAGAAUUACGCCACAAAAAGAAAAUUCAGCGACAUUUAUCAAGAAGAAACCAAUGGAAAAUCUUUACAUCAGAAAUCUGUCAUGACUUUAAACUAUGACAAUGAGCUAACUGCUUUUACUACAGUGAGCAGAGGGAGUCAGAUUUUGUCACUGAACAGUAAGUUUUUAACUAAGUUAGGACUUUGCUCUUCAGCCCAAUCUUCUGAUUUAAUUUCACAGACUAAUAUUCAAAAUGUGAAAAGCUUAAAUCCUCCAGCUCUUAUUGGGAAGUCAAAAGAUCCAUCCUGUACUGCAAAAGUUUCUGAAGAGGGAACAUAUGGGACGGCAGCCAAGAAAAUGGAGCUACAUGUGAGGUGGAGGUCAGACACAGGCAAAUGUGUGGAUGCUUCACCUCUAGUUGUAAUCCCAGCUGUUGAUGAGUCGUCUGCAACUGUGUACAUUGGCUCCCAUUCUCAUAGAAUGAUGGCACUUGACCUUUACUCUGGGAAGGUGAAAUGGGAACAGAUUUUGGAAGAUCGAAUUGAAUCUUCAGCGUGUUUAUCUAUGUGUGGAAACUUUAUUGUAGUGGGCUGUUAUAAUGGAUUAGUUUAUGUUCUGAAAAGUAAUAGUGGAGAAAAAUACUGGAUGUUUAGUACUGAGGAUGCUGUCAAAAGCUCAGCAACCAUGGACCCAACCACAGGACUCCUUUACAUUGGAUCUCAUGACCAGCAUUCAUAUGCUUUGGAUAUUUAUAAAAAGAAGUGUGUUUGGAAGUUACAAUGUGGAGGAACUGUCUUUUCUUCCCCUUGUUUGAGCCUGAUUCCACAUCAUUUAUAUGUGGCUACACUGGGAGGACUAUUACUGGCUAUAAAUCCUGCCACUGGGAACAGAGUUUGGAAACAUUCCUGUGGAAAACCCCUCUUUUCUUCUCCACGGUGUUGCCUACAGUAUGUUUGUAUUGGCUGCGUGGAUGGGAACCUACUCUGCUUUACCCACUCUGGAGAACAGGUUUGGCAGUUCUCUACCAGUGAACCAAUCUUUUCAUCCCCAUGUACCUCAGUAUCAGAGCAAGAAAUAUUUUUUGGUUCCCAUGAUUGCUUUAUCUACUGUUGUAAUAUGAAAGGUCACCUCCAGUGGAAAUUUGAAACUACUUCACAGGUGUAUGCAACACCAUUUGCUUUCCAUUACCAAGAAGGUGGUGAUGAAAUGUUGCUGGCAGCAGCAUCUACUGAUGGGAAACUAUGGAUCUUGGAAUCUAAGAGUGGACGAUUGCAAAGUGUGUAUGAACUUCCCGGGGAAGUUUUCUCUUCUCCUGUGGUCUGGGAAUCAAUGCUUAUUAUUGGAUGUAGAAAUAAUUAUGUUUAUUGUCUGGAUUUAUUGGGUGGCUAUCAAAUAUAAUCAAGUUCAGUCCUUAUUAGGUUAUCUGAGAUGUCUGAAAAUAUCAUUAUAGAGCAUUUGGAUAGUCUUAUUUUAUACUAAAGAGUAUAUUUUGCCUAAGAAACUUGUUUAUUACACUUUAUUGGAGAAUGAUCAUAUUUUACUUUCUGUAGGAGCAACAAAUGCUUUUUUUUUAACAAAUGCUUUUAAGAGGAAUUAUAGAACAAAAACAUCAAUUUAUUUAGUUGUACUUUCUUUUAAUUAGGCUACAGAUAUUCUACUUUGAGUUUUUUUCUUUUUUUAAUAGACUUCUGUGAAAAAGAUAUCAGAAUACACUUAGGGGUUAAAAACUUAGUUUAUGAUAUGCACCAUUUCUUUAUUUUUUUUAAAGAUUUUACUUAUUUAUUCAUGAGAGAGACAGAGACACAGGCAGAGCGAGAAGCAGGCUCCAUUCAGAGAACCUGAUGUGGGACUCUAUCUUGG